AUGUCUCGACUCGGGAACCAUGCCGACUGGGCAGACGAUGAGGAAUUCGAUGACCCCUCCGCGCUCCCCGCGCAACAAGUGAUCGAGAACAAGGAUGGCACCAAGACCGUCAUCUCCUACCGCUUCAACGAUGACAACAAGAAAGUGAAGGUCUCUCGCCGCAUCAAGACCACCGUCCAGCGCGAGCAUGUCAACCCCCAGAUGGCCGAGCGCCGAUCGUGGCCCAACACUAAUUGGAAGGUGCAGGCCCAGGAGGCUGAGAAGGAAGGCGGAGAGAAGGGCAGCAUGAAGGACCAGCUCAAGGACAAGAAAGUCAAGUGUCGUAUCUGUAACGGAGAGCACUUUACUGCUCGCUGUCCCUACAAGGACACUAUGGCUCCUGUCGAGGAGCCAACCGGUGGUGCUGGUGUGGAAAUGGACGACGAGAAGGCCGGUGGUUUGGGUGCCGGUUCUUCCAGCUACGUGCCACCUCACCUGCGUGGCAAGGCUGGUGCUGCUGGCGGCGAAAAGAUGGGCGGUCGGUUCGAGAAAGACGAUCUCGCGACUCUGCGUGUCACAAACGUCAGCGAGUUGGCAGAGGAAAACGAGUUACGGGAUCUUUUCGAGCGCUUCGGCCGUGUCACCAGAGUCUUCCUUGCUCGGGACAGAGAAACCCAGAGAGCCAAGGGCUUUGCUUUCAUCAGUUAUGCGGACCGGGGCGAUGCUCAACUUGCUUGCGACAAAAUGGACGGCUUCGGUUACCGCCACCUUAUUCUCCGCGUCGAAUUCGCCAAGCGCUCUACUUAA